GACAAUCCCAAUCCCUCCCGGGCGGAGGCUCUGGGCGGCGCUGCGCCGGGCGGGCUCUGUGGGCGGUGCUGCGCCGGGCGUCGUGGCGCAGCGCGCGUUUUAUGAAAGGUGCCGGGACUGAAUCAUUCAUAAUUGGGUAUCAGUAUGGCUGAACAUCCAUUGUGGGAGCAGAUUGGCAGAAGUUUUGUGCAGCACUAUUAUCAAAAGUUUGAUGUAGACCGAAAGCAGCUUGGGCCUUUGUAUAGUGAUUGUUCUUGCUUAACGUGGGAAGGACAACCUUUCCAGGGAAAAGUUGCAAUAAUGGAGAAAAUAACUAGCCUACCCUUCCAGAAAAUUCAGCAUAGCAUAACAGCUGAGGACCAUCAACCAGCACCUGACAAUUGUGUUCUUAGCAUGGUGGUAGGGCAGCUAAAGGUGGACGAUGACCCUGUGAUGGGUUUUCAUCAAUUAUUCCUUCUGAAAAGUGAUAAUGACAAGUGGAUCUGCACAAAUGACAUAUUUAGAUUGGCUCUACAUAACUUUUGCUAGGGUUGAUUUUAUAAUUUUGGUUAACUUGAACCAGCACAUGGUUUAACCUGAAAUUGUAGUGAAACAAUGUAUUAACAAUGAUGUUGUAGAAUGGGACCAAUGUAAUGAAGUGAAUUGCUAGUGAAAAUGAUUGUAGUAUUUGGCUGUAAGAUUUUCAAUCUCUUCAGCAUUCCAAGAAAUGGAGGUAUUAUCAGUUUUUACUUAACUGGUGUUGAAGAAUGCCAACUUUUUGAAGUUCUGUAAUGAAAAAAUAUUUGAACUGCUUUGAACAUCAGUUGAAAACUUGACAAGAUUUUUUAUUCAUGAAGUGCAUUUACAAAAGGUCACUGAUUAAUUUACAAGCUUCAUCAUACUGACCCUUCUUUCCUGGUUGGAAUUGUAAAAUGUUCAUAUGUACUUGUUUUCACGAUGUGAUUUGGAAUAAAGGUAACAUUAGUAAAUGCA